AUGAGUCAAGAAGGGCCUUUCAAGAUAGUCAUCCUGGGCGAGGGGCGUGUGGGCAAGACAUCUUUGUUGCGGCAGUUCGUCUCGAAAACUUUCAGCGAACAUGAGGCUUCCACUCAGUCUGCGGCCUACCUUGACAAGAUCCUCCAGCUUCGAGGUACACAGGUUCAACUUUCCCUUUGGGACACCGCUGGGCAGGAGCGGUUCCACUCGCUGGCACCUAUUUAUUACCACAAUGCUGACGGUGCCCUGCUGGUUUACGAUAUUACGGAUUUGGACAGCUUUAGGCGAGUUGCCAAAUGGGUUGAAGAGCUUCAGGUGAUGGGCACGAAGUGUGUCCUGGCGAUUGUUGGCAAUAAGUCAGAUUUGCAGUCGCAGGCCAAAGUGCCUAAGGCCGAUGCGGAGACCUACGCCAGGAGUAUCAAUGCAAGGCACAGUACAGCCUCUGCCAAGCUUGGCUUUGGCGUGGAUGAAGCCUUCGGAGCUUUAGCUGAAGAUGUCCUAGCAUCAAAAGCACGGGCUCCAAGCCAGAAUCAAACAUCCUCCAGAAGAACACGAGGAGCGCUUGUCGUGGAGGAGGAUGUUGUGCGCCCACGCCAGAAAAGCGGUUGCUGCGGAGGAUGA